AUGAGCGCUUGCUCGGCAGCGUGCCCUCGCUGGGCGCCCGCCGGGCCGCGUCGGGUUCGCGACGCGUCCAGGAUCGGCUCAUCCGGCGACGGUAUCGAGGGUGUGCCGCAGGAGGACAAGGCUGUCGUUCACUUUUGGCACCUCUUCGGCAGCACGCCUCACUGUCGAGCAGCGCUCACCUCGGCGGGACGCGACAGCCCUUAUCGCAACGCGCCGCUGCUAGAGAGCAGGGUGCGGGCGCUGGCUAAGGUGUUCGACACGGAGACGAGCGGGCUGGACGUCCCGAGGGUGCUGACCAAGGAGCCGGAGCUGCUGUUGUGGGAGGCGAACGACGUGGUCCGCAGGGUGGUGGAGCUCAAGCGAAUCGCUCCCGAACUUGGUGGCAGAGCCUUGACUCAAGCCCCGGGUCUGCUCCUGUGCGACCCGGAGGACGUGGCGGCGGCGAGGCAGGAGAUGGACUCCUGA